UACUAUGAAUUGCUUGGUGUUGCCGUUAUCGUUGAUCCGAAGACGCUCCAUGGGGUAUCGGCACCUGAGCAAGGAGAAAGAAUCCGGCAACCCUAUAACCGUGGUGGUCGGAAAAGAGAAGAGGGUGUUCCUUGUGGAGCCUUUCAUAUUAGAGGAGAACCCUUUUCGGGUGUUGAUGGACACGUCGAAGAGGAAGAUGGUAAAAGAUCCAAAGAACAAGGAUAAUCAUCGUCUCCGUCACCAACGUAAUAGAGUUGUCUUGGUCGAUGUUGAUGCCAUUUUGUUCGAGCACAUGCUCUGGCUCAUGCAUAACGAUUGCUCUUCUUUCUUCAACCUUAAUUUGAACGACAUUAUUGACUUCUAUGCUCAGGAUGUCUAAUCCUAACACUGUUACUUAUGACUUCUACUUUAACGUACAAAGCCUACCAUGUUUUAAUAAUUUCAGUUACUAAAACUAGGGUUGACUAGUUCAAAGCAA